CUAGGCUCGUUGUAUUUGCAAAGGGAGAGGGUUAGUGCUCAACGCCACCAGGGCUGGGGGCGCAACAGCGCAGUGACAAGCCAUCUGUAAUCCACAGAAAGGAGGAAAACCACCGUUGUCUGUUUUAUUUUAUCUUUAUGUGUUUUACAAUGCGUCGUGAACUGAACGCAGGCUCUAAAUGAAACAGUAAAACCGAAUUUAAAGUUUAAAUCAAUGGUACAGGAGGGUAUUAUGUCCAGGACGCCUUCCACCUCAACCCAGGAAAUCCAAAUGGACAUGUUCGACCACCACGGCUCUCACGCUCAGGGGAAGUAUGCAAAGAGGAAGAGCCGUUUCAAACGUUCAGAUGGCAGCACCUCCUCAGACACAACCUCUAACAGCUUUGUUCGACAGGGCUCAGCAGACUCCUACACCAGUCGUCCUUCAGACUCUGACGUGUCUCUGGAGGAGGACCCUGAGGCUCUCAGGAAAGAAGCCGAUAGACAAGCGCUUGCAACCCUAGAGAAGGCUAAGACCAAGCCUGUAGCGUUUGCAGUGAGGACUAAUGUUGGCUAUAACCCAGGCCCUAAUGAUGAUGUGCCGGUUCAGGGCAUGGCUAUUUCUUUUGAACCCAAAGACUUCCUGCACAUCAAAGAGAAGUAUAACAAUGACUGGUGGAUUGGGCGUUUGGUGAAGGAAGGAUGUGAGGUGGGGUUUAUCCCCAGUCCAGUGAAGCUUGAGAGCACCCGUCAAUUACAAGAACAGAGAAUGAGACAGAACCGCCUUAGCUCCAGUAAGUCCGGUGGAAGCUCUAGUCUGGAUGUUGCCACAGGUGCCCGGAGGCCCACUCCACCUGGAACAGCUGACUUGUCCUCUGGGCUUUAUGACGAUUCGGAUUCGGAAGUUGAGGAGGUGGAGCCUGCCAACACCCGUGACCAAAAGGGUGUGGGCGGAAGUGUCACCUCCCCUCAAGGCAACCUACCCCGCCUCCCUUUCUUUAAGAAGAUGGAACAUGUUCCUCCUUACGAUGUGGUGCCUUCCAUGAGACCCAUUAUUUUGGUGGGACCAUCCCUUAAAGGCUACGAGGUGACAGAUAUGAUGCAGAAAGCGCUCUUUGAUUUCCUAAAACACAAAUUUGAAGGCAGAAUAUCCAUCACCAGGGUGACAGCAGACAUCUCACUUGCCAAACGUUCCGUUCUAAACAACCCCAGCAAACACACGAUCAUCGAGCGCUCCAGCACCAGAUCCAGUCUGGCUGAGGUACAGAGUGAAAUCGAGAGAAUCUUUGAGCUGGCCCGGACGCUUCAGUUAGUGGCUCUGGAUGCCGACACAAUCAACCAUCCAUCUCAAUUGGCCAAGACAUCACUGGCACCUAUCAUAGUCUACAUCAAGAUUGCCUCUCCAAAGGUGUUGCAGAGGCUGAUAAAGUCCAGGGGUAAAUCUCAGGCCAAACAUCUCAAUGUCCAAAUGGUGGCAGCUGAUAAACUUGCACAGUGUCCUCCUGAGCUUUUUGACAUCAUAUUAGAUGAGAAUCAGCUGGAGGAUGCGUGUGAACACCUGGCUGAAUACCUGGAGGCCUACUGGAAGGCCACACACCCUCCGAGCAGCAACCCACCCAACCCUCUGCUCAAUCGCACCAUGGCCACAGCCGCCCUGGCGGCUUCGCCCGAACCCGUCUCCAACCUGCAGGGGCCAUUCCUGGUGCAUGGAGAACAGAAGAGGGAAGGGCCUGAACGUGGCAGUCUCCAAGACUACCAGAGUGACCUGGGUGGUAAGCAGCCGCUGCGCUCUUCACGCAGCCAGUUGCAAACAGGCAGCCGAGGCCUGUCGCGGCAGGACACGUUCGAUUCCGAGACCCAGGGCAGCCGCGAUUCCGCCUACACCGACGACAUGGAGACCGACCCGUACGAGGAACCAGACCCGUGCCGCUCGUACCGCCUAAAUCCCGCCCACCACGCUCCCCGCCAGGCCUCGUGGGAGGACGAAGGGGCGGAGCCUGACCAGGAGAACCUCAACGUGGUCCCACCACCAGCCAAUCAGCACCAGCGUGGACGAGGCAAGCUGAGGGAGCGCUACUCUCAAGAUGCAGAAGGCGGCGGGGCAACAACAGGCCGUAACCAUAACCAGGAGGAGUGGAGCAGAGAUGUGUACAUUCGCUAGAGCAGGUUUACCUGAGAUGAGGGUGAGGAGAUGUUUAGAACGACACUAAAUAGAAUCUCUAUAGUUGGAUCUGUUUACAACCCAGAGAAACACACAAUCAUUGACAAACGCUGUACAGCUAACACUCACGACAUUCGCAUUACGCUGACAAAGCUCUCGGUCAUUACAUAAUCAGUUUAGGGUGACCAUAUGUCCUCUUGUUUUCCUCUCGAUUUCUGAAGGCUGAAAUAUACUACACAACUUUUGAAAUCUGAACAGAUUUUAAAACACUAAGCAUCAGGUACUUGCCGACUUUGUAAAUAAUUACAGAGGAAAAGCUGGGCAUCAUAUAUUGAAUGACUGAGGAUUGAUCACACACCACCAAACUCAGAAACACUCACAUUGGGCCUCAUUCAUGAAUCUUACGUUCAAGUGUAAAUAUAUGCAUAAAUUCAGAGUAAUCCGCACAUAAAACAGCCCUUCCCAGUCCCAAAACUCUCCUCCAGAUUCACAAAUGCAUACACGUUACGUCCAGUAGUCUCAGCCUCAGACGAACUGCUGGCUGAACAUCUGAUGCAUAUCGCACACAAAAGUGGAAACACUUCAUGAGUUUCAAGGUCGUCACUGGAUUGGUUAAAUUAUACAGGAUUUCCGGGAGAUGUGUGUUGCGUUCUUUGUCGUUCCACCUGGAAACAAAGAUGCCGUGACUCCAAACCCCAUCAUGAAGGAAGAAAGCUGUUGCAUUUACAAUUGUGAUGAUGAGCGCUUAUCAGGAUCAACUAAAUCACAUACAAUUUUUAAACGUAUGUGGAAAAAAAAAGUUCACAGGAAUCUUGUCCAAGAGUUGUGCACACUGGUCUGUUAUUUUGGGGCUCAUUUCCACGCCCCUAAACAUGACGUGGCACAAAACAAAACGUGGUUGCUUUAGCUGUCAGUCAUAUGGCCUCUUGGGCAGGCCUUGGUCAGCCAGAGCGGCCAAGGUUCACAGACCUUCUGCCGCAGCGUUGCCAAGUCCCCGGUUUUCCAGGGGCAUUGGGCUACUUUUUCAUGUCGGGUUUAAGCAACCCCAAUAACGUGAUAUUUAUCCCCUGGAAUGCAAAUUUUAGCAGUGGAACCCCACCAAAACGUAUUUUUGUAUUUGUACCCUGCAAAACGUGAUUUUUAACGGGGGUACCACCCCCCCCCCCACCCCCCCAACCCACCAGGGAAACACGAUUGGGCUAGUUUUGAGCUAGUUUUAAGCAGCAAUUGGGCAGGAAAACCUGGCAACCCUAUUCUGCCGUCAAUAUGAUGGUCUGGCUACGUGAGUUUGAACGCUGUAUAAACAUCAGAUUUGAUAGUUAAAUGUGUAUGUUAAUGAAUUCCAAUCACAAUUACCAUAUUUCCGGCCUAUGAAUUACAGCUACGUAAAUUACGCGUUCAGGAACGCAGUGGAAUAUUCUGAACUUUCUUCUCAGGUUUGGUUCCAGUAUAUUGCAUAAAUGCAAAAAAAAAGACUUAGGCCAUAUGAAUAAAAAUACAUUUUCAAUCAACGUGUGUCCACCAAAGCAUUUUAGCCAGCUGUAAACAUGCCAGAUUCUCUUUUGAAAAUGUCCAACUGGUGGCGCUUGAGAAAAUUUUGAUGGUACAGUGUUUUUUUUCUUAGAUGCUUUGGUUGCUUUUAUCUACGACUAUAACGUAUUACUAGUAUCUCAUUUUAAAGAAUAUUAUUGAAUAUAAAAAUUAGGUAACCAGCAAUAUUGACUUACCCAUUAUAGUUAAGUUGUUGUCAGCUGGGUAAAAAGUGACAGUUCCUGCGUUUCUAUGACCCUUCAAAUUGCGUAAAUUGAAAUUCCAAAAAAAAUGACACCUAAUAAAACAUGUCAAUUCUGCAAAAACUCCCAUGAGGUGGUUUUCGAGGCAAUUCGAAAAAAGAGAUACUUAGCAAAACUGCGAAGGAAGCAACUUUUUCGAAUUUAUAGGUCACCUUGCACACGUAAAAGUCACAUGAUCGUUCUUUAAUGUACUAUAACCUCAAAAAAUAUAGAUGCCUACAUCUCCUACGAUUAAAAUUAAUGGGUAGUGUGGUGGCGUUAACCUACAUAAACCAACAUCCUUUGCCAUGACUUGUCACCAGAGGAAAGAAAUUGUUUUACUCGCAUAACAUUGGUUAAUGGAAAUGCUGUCACAUUUUUAUCAACACGUAUAAAAUAUUGUUAAAGUUUUGUGCAAAUCUGUAAUGGAAAAGCACUUACUGACAAGCGCUGUGUUUUACCCAAAAUUCUACAUACCAAAAAAAAAAAAAAGACAGGGCAAA